UGUACGCACACACAAUGGUCAAAGUCAUCGUUGGCCUGAUGGGUAGUUCCGUCGCCCAGAGCGGCUCCACCUUGUCCACUCCUGCUGGAAUGCGAGAGCUUCUGGACGUCUGUAGGCGCUUUGGAGUUCAAGAGCUCGAUACGGCCAGAGUGUACUCGAGUGGCCGGUCAGAAGAGCUCAUCGGCGAGGUGGGUGCUCAGCAAUGGUUCAAGAUCUCCACCAAGGCACCAGGUUUCAGUCCAGGAUCUCUACAGCACGACCAGGUCAUUGCAAAUUGCGAUGCCUCACUGGCUGCCUUACGGCAAGACCAAGUGGACAUCUUUUACAUUCACGGUCCAGACUCUGGAACGCCGAUCAGUGAAGUGGCACAGGCUUUCAUUGAACUCCAUCGCAGAGGCAGCUAUCAGCGCUUCGGCGUUUCCAAUGUUUCUCCUACAGUCGUCGAAGAACUCCAUACCCUGUGCGCCGAAGCUGGCUCUGCAGUGCCUAGUGUCUAUCAAGGGGCAUAUUCUCCAGUGCAUCGAACCAUGGAGAAAGAGCUCCUCCCGCGUCUCCGCAAGCUCGGCGUCGCUUUCUACGCCUGGGGUCCCCUAGCCGGCGGACUCUUGGCAAAGCCCAUCGAUCAAAUCAUGAAUCCGGAGAAGGGUUCUCGGUACGAGGCCAUGAGGGCUCAACUUGGUCCUCUCUACCUCAGACCUGAAGUCUUGGAACCUCUCAAAGUGUUGACGGCAAAGUGUCAGGAGCAGAGUAUUCCUCUAGCUGAGGCUACUCUUCGGUGGCACAUGCACCACUCCGCCCUGGGAGACAAUGACGGGAUCAUCUUGGGAGCUUCGACUGCUAGUCAGUUGGAAGCGGGCCUCAAGGCCUGUCAGGGUGGACCACUAUCUUCGCAGCUCAUCGACGCAUUCGAGACGCUGUGGCAGGCAAUUGCACCCUCGUCUUCGUUUGCCUGGCUGCCAUGA